UCGCCAUGAAUUCUCCGCAUACUGGACGUUUUGACAAUCGAUACUCACACGUCAACAUCAGCCGAGUGUUAAAUAUGUGUUCUUUGAGCUAAACUGGCAAACAACGAGGAAAUUAGAGGUUGGAUGUUCAGUCGUCUGCCGAAGACAGCCGAGGAUUCUCGGGGUAGCGUUCACUGCGGUGACGCUGCGCCACUUUAACUGGGCCCUGUCUGAUACUUAGCCAUCCAGCUAACACAGGCUAGAAGGCGAUGAACCAAGUAAAUUUACGGAACACAUCAGGGAUGGAGUCACAGAACCUUGUAGAUGAUCUGUCGCCAAAGAAGACCACAGUUCUCAAGCUUAGUAACGGUCCUGUCGUGGGGUCCCGCAAGCGCCCAUCAGAAGGGAACUACGAGAAGGAGAAAGAACACUGCAUCGCCCUGUUUGACCAGUGGUCAGAGGCCGACCAGGUGGAGUUUGUUGAACGCCUGAUCUCCCGUAUGUGCCACUACCAGCACGGCCACAUAAACUCCUACCUCAAACCCAUGCUGCAGAGGGACUUCAUCACUGCGCUGCCAGCACAAGGCUUGGAUCACAUAGCUGAGAACAUCCUGUCUUUCCUGGAUGCACGCUCACUAUGCUCAGCAGAGCUGGUGUGUAAGGAGUGGCAGAGGGUCAUCUCUGAGGGUAUGCUGUGGAAGAAGCUGAUUGAACGCAUGGUCCGUACUGAUCCACUCUGGAAAGGCCUGUCUGAGAGACACCAGUGGGAGAAAUAUCUGUUCAAGAACCGUACGGCAGAAGUCCCACCCAACUCCUACUAUCACUCCCUUUAUCCCAAGAUCAUCCAAGACAUAGAGACUAUUGAGGCUAAUUGGCGGUGUGGAAGACACAACUUGCAGAGGAUUCAGUGCCGCUCUGAAAAUAGUAAAGGGGUUUACUGUCUGCAGUACGAUGAUGACAAGAUCAUCAGUGGCCUUAGAGACAAUUCUAUCAAGAUCUGGGAUAAACAGUCUCUGGAGUGUCUGAAGAUACUGACCGGUCACACAGGCUCAGUGUUGUGUCUUCAGUAUGACGAGAGGGUCAUCGUCACUGGGUCUUCUGACUCAACCGUCAGGGUGUGGGAGGUGACGACAGGUGAGGUAUUGAAUACACUGAUCCAUCACAACGAGGCAGUCCUUCACCUGCGCUUCGCCAACGGCCUCAUGGUCACCUGUUCCAAGGACCGGUCAAUUGCAGUGUGGGACAUGGCCUCUCCUACAGACAUCAGCCUACGUCGUGUCCUCGUGGGACACCGGGCCGCCGUCAACGUAGUUGACUUUGACGAUAAAUACAUCGUCUCCGCCUCAGGGGACCGCACCAUCAAGGUAUGGAGCACCAGCACCUGUGAGUUUGUUCGCACUCUAAAUGGUCAUAAGCGGGGCAUCGCAUGUCUACAGUACAGAGAUCGUCUUGUGGUCAGCGGGUCCUCUGACAACACAAUCCGGUUAUGGGAUAUCGAGUGUGGGGCAUGUUUGCGAGUGCUUGAAGGUCAUGAGGAGCUGGUGCGCUGCAUUCGCUUUGACAACAAAAGGAUUGUCAGCGGCGCCUACGAUGGUAAGAUAAAGGUGUGGGACCUGCAGGCAGCACUGGACCCACGAGCCCCAGCCAGCACAUUAUGUCUGCGCACUCUAGUGGAGCAUUCUGGCCGCGUGUUUCGUCUUCAGUUUGAUGAGUUUCAGAUCAUCAGCAGUUCUCACGACGACACCAUCCUGAUCUGGGACUUCCUGAAUGUCUCGACCAACGGCCAGUCAGAGGGACGGUCUCCCUCUCGCACCUACACUUAUAUUUCUAGAUAGCAGGUGGCGCCAUCCACAGAAGCAUUUCUUGGAGGAGCCCAGGGCUGAUUGGCUGAUGGGUGUGUCCAUCGUGGAAAGGAGCCCUUCUCUUCUCUUUCCUCCUCGUCAUCUCUCUGUCCACCUCUCACCCGGCCCCCUGCCACCUCUACCUUCCUGCUCGUCUGACAGACUCAUGAGCUUGUGCCCAUUACCUGCCAGCACCAUGACACACCACACACUCACAAAAAUGCACACGUCAACAGCAACGCAGACCCCAACUGCAGAACCAACACGACUUUCCCGAGAAGUUCACCCUCCUCUACUAAUUUAUGUUUGUAAAGUACACUAAUGACAGUAUUAACAUUAUGUGAGACACAAGCUUCCUUUCGCCCCGUAAAGCAGCUUCUGCUCCUCGGUUUUGAACCUUGGCCAAACAGGUUUCCACACAUAUGGAAUUGCUUGAUAUAUAUUUAUAUAUAUAAACCAGACACACAUGCACACACAUGUGGUGGCACAUUUGGACAGAAGAUGACCGGAGCUGUGAUGUGGGAGACAGAGACUCUUUACUCAGCUCCUGGAAAGGAGGGAAGGACCAGAGAUGGAGGGAGUGAUGGAGGGAGAAACGUGUUUGGGAUGCCCUCCCUGCUCCCUCUCACUCCCCCUUGUCUCUCUCACUCUGCGAAGCCUCCCUUUAUCCCACCCUCCCUCCCCUCCUCUCCAAACCCCAGAGAUGCACACUCGCUUGGAAUACUGGGGCGCACACACUCAAGUUUGCGUGGGUGUGUUUGUGUAUGAGGACUUUUGAAACGGCAGAACAGAGCAGAAGCGUCAAACAGACAGACAUGCAUGUGAGGUUGCCAUGGAUACAGCAUUCGGGUACACCUCUGCUUUUUUUUUCUCUUUAACUCUUACUUUCUUACUGUUUUUUUAUUACUGUUACUUUCUCAUUUUAUUUGAGUAUUUUGGUUCUUAGUACAAAAAUCAUACUAAGCGUAGUCCUAUCUCUCUCUCUCUUUCUCUCUCUCUCUCUCUUUUUCUGUCUUUUUCCUCUUUCUUUCUUCUAACUUGAACCCUCCAUCAUCUGUCCCUUUCACUCCAUCUCUCUCUCCCGUCAUCUACGUGCUUGCUUUGGUUAUGAGAGAAGCUGGAACUCAAGAGCUCAAAUUUAGCUGUAAACGGAGUUGUCUUGUCAAAAAUUGUGUUGUAUAUUAAAAAUGAUUUUUUAAAGAAGAAAAAUGACCUUAUUGUGAAUAAAGUACUUGACAGUGGUGGAGUGUUGAGCCAACUGUAACAUGAA